AUGGCUGUCACUUGUUGGCUGUAGAGUGAUGUUCUGCUGAUUUCGGUGUAUAGAAUGUGACGUUUGUGUAGUAACAAGUAUUUUUGUUAAUAUUUAUCGGUGACGGAUUGAUACCAGCUGGUGUUGCGAGUAUCUGACAGUGUGCAGUGCUUGUACAAGGAAGUGUUAAUUGUGUUUCUCUCUAACUGGAAGUUUUCGCAUUGCAUUUAUAUGUGGGUGGUUUGAUGUGUGUGAUGUUGAAGUGACUUGUUUGCUGCCAUGGAUAAUCCAACGUACGGUUUCCCCGAAAGGGCAGGGGGCGUGUCGCCGGGGCUGAGCAACGGCCCCUCGCUCCGGCGCGCGCAGCUCGGCCGACCCGGCAGCGGAGGCGGUGGCGGGGGCGGUGGGGGCGACUGCCCGCCGCACACCGUCACCAUCAUCGUCACCAAGGACGACAACAGCUACGGCAUGAAGAUCUCCGGCGACAAGCCCGUCUACGUCCAGUCCGUCAACGAAGGUGGCGCCGCCGAGAGGGCCGGCCUCAACGCUGGAGAUACCAUCGUGAAGGUGAACGGUGUCAACGUGAUGCAGUCGACGCAUGUACAGGUUGUGGAGCUCAUCAGAUCGUCGACGAGGGUGGCGCUGACGGUGCGACCAGCGCCGACGCGCCCCCUGACGCUGGGAAUGGCGUCGCCACGGCCGCUGCACCACCACCAUUCCGCGCCCGCGCGCAACGAGCGCAUCACGCCGCCACAGCCCGUCGACGUGAUGAAGCAGCGCGAGGUGGACAGCGAGCGCGUGCACACGCUGCGGCUGAUGCUGGAGCAGGAGCAGAUGUACGUGGAGAAGCUGCGCAGCGAGCUGGCGCGCGCGCACGACGCCAAGCUGGUGGCCGACCUGCGCAAGGCCGAGAACCACGUGCGCACGCUCGAGGCGCAGAUCGCCGCCUUCUCCGCCGGCGGCUCCUCUCCCGGACACCCGUACGCUCUCCUAUUCCCCUCACCUACCUGCAACUCCCCUUCUCCCUCCACCCCAGCCUGCCAGGAUGUACCACCGCCCCUUCCAUCUCGUAACCGCCCUCUCACCUUAUCUACACCCCCUCCCCCACCCCGCCACACUGCCGCAACAGCCUUGCAUUGUUCUGAAGGGGGUGGUGACGUUCAGCCAAUAGAAAGCCUCAGUAACGCGCACUUGUCACCGACUAACAAUUACCUGUCUGGCCAUCAGAUUCCAGCCCUUAACACACACCAUCGAACGAAAUCGAGUCCUGAUCCUUUGAAUAUUCAGAAUUUAUCUCCUGCAGAAGCUUCCAGGCAAUUAAUAGCCUCGGAGUCUAUGCUAGACCUUUCAUUUGCUUCCAAGCGUUCGAAGAGUACUGGAAGUAGUUGUAAUAUGGAGUCUCCAAGAGCCACACCUCCUGGUACCCCUCCUCCACCCUAUGGUGGGAGUUCAACAAAUAUUGAAGGAUCUGAUGCACCUUUCCCAGCAGAAGAUGACAGUCACCCACAUAGUGAGACACCAACAAAUGAUGGAGAUUCACCAUCGGUUCGAAACAGCUGCCAGUAUGCAACCAUUGUACAGCAAGAACGUAUAAUAUCUAUGGAAGAUGACGAUAUGUCAGACCAAGAAGUUGGUCAUCUGGAAGAUCAUGGGCCCUUUAAGAGCCUCAGUACACUGAGGGACUAUAAAGCGCAUUUGGCAGUAUUUCUAAACUAUUUACGUUCUAACAGUGAUUGUUCAAGCCUGCUUUUCUAUUUGAUCACUGAUAUUUACAAAGAAGGAAAUGCCAAAGAAAUGAAGAAAUGGGCAUAUGAGAUCCAUUCAAGUUUCCUUGUACCUAAUGCUCCUCUCACAUUAAGCACUGUUGACGAGAAUGUGCUGAGGGAAAUAGAUGAAGUGUUGUUAAAGGAAUCUGACAAAGAAGAAAUCCUUAGAAAAGUUUUCUGGAAGGCACGACAAAAAGCAAAAGAGGAACUUAAUGAGCAGCUGGCAGAUUUUCAGCAGAAGAGAACAGCUGGACUGAGUUCUUUAUUUGGAGCACAGGAAACACAGCUCCAUGACUGCAUUAAUGACAGGAACAAGGAGAUGGAGAUAGCCAAGGAGAUACUUCUCUCUAUUAUGGAAUCCUACAAAGAGGACCUAGAAAAGGAUAAUGUGGACAAUCGGCGUUUCACAAUGGCUGCUGCAAUGGCAACAGUUAUGACCAAAGUAUUUAUGCUUCGUGGACCACAUUUAAGCCCUCUCCUGGAGAGAUGCCCAACAUUUGUUUCAAAAGACAAGUCACUGAAAUCAAGACUGAUAGGAAAGUCAAGGAAGUUGACAAUCAGAGGACAUCACUUUGUUGCUCAUCAGUAUUACACUGUUACACGAUGUAAUGCCUGUGAUAAUAUCAUUGGAGGUAUUGGUCCCCAGGGUUACCAGUGUACAGAUUGCUCGUACAAUAUACACCGUAAUUGUGUUAGAGAUUUUGAGGAACAUUGUCCAGGGCCUGCACCUAAGAAGGAUAAAACGAAUGACCGGAUAAGCAAAGUUAUGGAGAUAAUCAGGACUGGGAGAGAAACAAAACGAAAACCAAGUUCAAUUAAUUCAGCCCACAUCGAACGUGUCAGGAGGUCAGGAGAUGAUGAAUCCUUCUCGUCUGAGGCUGAAAUGGGUUCAGGAGCAGCAGUGGAAACAGAUCAAGUACCACCGUCAACAGAGCAACUGUCAACGUUAUUCAGGGCAGCUGCAGUGAUAUAUCUGAUGAGUCAGUGCGCCGAUUUUGGGACCUGGAGACAAUCGGGAUAACAGGACAUCAAGAGCGAGCAUUAAAACCCAUGGACCACCCUAUUUAUCAGGAAUUCCGAGAAUCGUACUGUGUGGAAUAUGGCCGCAGAGUUGUAUCUCUGCCUCGAAAGAAGGAUGUGCCUCUCUCCUGCAACCGCACAACUGCUGAAGCGCGUCUUCGCUCCUUACAAAACAAGCUGCGAGGGAAUGAAGAGCUGAAGGUCAUUUACCACGAGACCAUGUCGAAAUAUAUUGAGAAGAACCAGGUAGAGGUAGCACCUGAGGACUGUACUGCUGGAAACACAUUCUACCUGCCACACCACAUUGUGAAGAAAUGCAUCAGUGGAAGUGUGAAGUACAGAAUAGUCUUCGAUGCAUCCUCACAUGAGCCAGAGUCUCUAUCGCUGAAUGAUGCCCUCGAAAAGGGACGAAAUUUACUUCCGGAUAUUCUAGCAAUCUUACUACGAUUCCGCACACUUCCAGUGGGAUUAGUGUGUGAUGUGGACCAAGCUUUCAACUCAGAACUGGCAGAGCUUUUCAAAACCAUGCAGCAUACUGACGUACAGCUCUACUGUGCCCACCAUGGAAUCACUUGGAAAUUCAUACCACCACGUGCGGCUUGGUGGGGAGGGUGGUGGGAACG